CACACUUCAGCGAGCUGUCGACGCACACGUCGUGAAUGCAAGAGAGAAGCGACACGGCCGCAUUUACUUCAACUUCCAACAAUAUUUAGAGGAGCUUCUUCCUGGCAUGAUGAAGAGAUGUUGUGGCCUAGUACUGCAACUCACGCUGUUGCAUCUCGUCGCUACGAAGACCAAUGACCGAUCACCACACAUUAUUCUCAUCGUUGCAGAUGACCUGGGCUGGAACGAUGUCUCAUGGAACAACCAUAAGAUGCACACGCCCAACUUGGAAAGACUGGCACGGGAAGGCGUUAUUCUGAACCAAAGCUACGUCCUGCCAACCUGCACCCCAACGAGGGCAGCACUGUUGACUGGUCGCUACCCGUACAAGCUUGGCAUUCAGGCACACGGAAUCCGCCAUCUCGAGCCUUACGGUUUGCCGCUCGGGAUAACGACACUGCCCGAGGAGCUGAAGCGUCGAAAUUAUAGCACACAUGCCUUUGGCAAGUGGCAUUUGGGUUAUUGUAACUGGUCGCUCACCCCGACUCAUCGGGGCUUCGAUACUUUUCGAGGAUACUACCUUGGUUCUAAAGACUACUUCAACCACACAAUAUCCGAACGCAAGCCAGUGCUUGAGGAAGACGCAGGAGACAUGCAGGAAAGGAAAGCAAAAAUACAGGCUUAUGGAUACGAUUACCGGAAUGGCGACUCCGUAGACUACUCAGCAAAAGGAAUUUACUCCACGACGCUGAUAGCAAACAACGUUAUGGAAACCAUAGAAAAGAACUCGAAGCAAAAUCAAUCGAUGUUUAUCUACGUGGCCUUUCAAGCUGUACACGCACCACUGCAAGUGCCAAAUGGAUACAGGACCAUGUGCUCAAGCCACACGAACAAAAGACGAGUGAAGAUAUGUGAAAUGGUGGCAGUCAUGGACCAUGCAGUCGGACUCAUCGUCAAAAAACUGAAGGACGUACAAAUGUGGAGCAAUAGCCUACUCCUCUUCAUGAGUGAUAACGGUGCCCAAGUUCGCUUCGGUGGAAGUAACUGGCCCUUGCGGGGUAACAAAAACACACUUUACGAAGGGGGCACUAGGGUGCCGGCGUUUGUUUCGGGGCCACUGCUGCACAGAAAUAACAUCACCAGUUCAAGUCUUAUCCAUGUUGUCGAUUGGUUCCCGACGCUUCUCAGUGUGACUGGUGCAUUAUGGAACAAUACGUUAGACGAAAUUGAUGGUGUGGAUCAGUGGUCAACAAUCAGGAACGGCACGGAGCCUGCACCGAGAACGGAAUUUAUCUACAACUUGAACCGCAAGAAAGGAAAAAUUUCCGGUGCAAUCAGGGAAGGAGACCUGAAGUUAAUUGUGAGACCGUCGAAGACCUUCAACAGCUGGUAUGCAGAGUCUGAGGAACAGCCCGAGAAACGAGCAGAUGAUGAAAAGCAACCCAUGGAGCACAUGCGCACCGCCAUCGAGGCGCCGGUGGUCGGCAGGUGA